CCGAGCUGCUGUUGUGUGUGGCGGGCUUUUAGCGUCACUACACGAGGCUUUCCGCCCGCCGCCAUUGCUGGACCAUGAAGGUUAAAACCACCAAACUACUGACAUAAAACCCACUCUGGACUACCGAGAUAAAAAAAAAAAAAAACCCGGACCACCGACAUGAAACCACCAGGCUGAAUAACUUUUAAUCAGGCAGAAACCGCGGCCACCCCAGACCGGCGGCGGACCGGAGCGGAGCAUCGGAGGCGGGAGAGGGAGUCGCCUAAGCCGCUUAGAGGCGGCUGCACCCGGGCACAAGGUGGACGAAGAAGGUGGAGGAAGAAGAAGAAGAAGGGGAAUAAUGGGUCAUAUAAAGAUGGCUGCUGAACAGACAAGUCCUCCUCCUCCCGCCUCCACUUAACACGAGUCCGCGUCGAGCAGACCUGCUGGAGGAAUGUUUACUCUUACUGAAGUCGCCUCCCUGAAUGAUAUCCAGCCAACUUACCGCAUCCUGAAGCCAUGGUGGGACGUCUUCAUGGACUACCUCGGUAUUGUCAUGCUGAUGCUGGCAAUAUUUGCCGGCACAAUGCAGCUGACGCGGGACCAAGUGGUCUGCCUCCCCGCUCUGGAUCCGGCCCCAGACGAGGCCGGCGAAUUCCUGGGUCCUCAACCGACGGAGGCGGCGGACAGGCUUUGGAGUAAGGAGAGCGCCAUGGGGGAGCAGGCUGCGCCUCUCAUUGCCACGAGGCCUCCGGACGUGGUCGCUCCCACAGUUCCGCUCCCGCAGCAAUAUCCAUCAACCGGUAUCAGAACCAAGUUGGAUUUUCAGCAGUAUGUUUUUGUCAACCAGAUGUGCUACCAUGUUGCCCUUCCGUGGUAUUCCAAAUAUUUCCCCUACCUCGCUCUUAUCCACACCCUGAUACUGAUGGUUAGCAGCAACUUCUGGUUCAAGUAUCCAAGAACCAGCUCCAAGAUAGAGCACUUUGUGUCCAUACUGGGCAAAUGCUUUGAGUCUCCUUGGACUACAAAAGCGCUGUCCGAGACAGCGUGUGAGGACUCUGAGGAGAACAAACAGAGGCUGGCAGGGACCUCCACCUAUUCGAAGCACCUCUCCACAAGCAGCGAGGAGGGCAGUCCCAACCAGUCGGCCCCUUUGUUGACCAAGUCCGGCGUCACCUUCUCUGCCGAGAAGCUGGUCAGCGAGGUGCCCGCCAUGACCAUACUGGACAAGAAAGAUGGCGAGCAGGCCAAGGCGCUCUUUGAGAAGGUCAGGAAGUUCCGCGCACAUGUGGAGGACAGUGACUUGAUCUACCGCCUGUACGCCAUUCAGACGGUCAUCAAGACGGUGAAGUUCAUUGUGAUCCUGUGCUACACCAUGACUUUUGUGGCUUCCAUAGACUUCCAUCAUGUGUGCGAGCCUGAAAUCAAGCACCUGAUAGGAUACAGGAAGUUUCACUGCACGCACAACAUGGCCUUCAUGCUGAAAAAGCUGCUUGUGAGCUACAUCGCGCUCAUAUGCGUCUAUGGCGUCAUCUGCAUUUACACGCUGUUCUGGCUUUUUCGACGUCCACUGAAGGAGUAUUCCUUUGAGAAGGUGAGAGAGGAAAGCAGCUUCAGUGACAUUCCAGACGUGAAGAACGACUUUGCUUUCCUGCUGCACAUGGUGGAUCAGUACGACCAGCUCUAUUCCAAACGCUUUGGCGUCUUCCUCUCUGAGGUCAGCGAGAACAAACUACGAGAGAUCAGCCUGAACCAUGAGUGGACCUUCGAGAAGCUUCGGCAGCACGUGACUCGCAACGCUCAAGAAAAGCUCGAGCUCCAUCUCUUCAUGUUGUCAGGAGUGCCAGAUGCCGUUUUUGAUCUCACAGAUUUGGAAAUUCUCAAACUGGAGUUAAUCCCCGAGGCCCGGAUCACGGCCAAGAUCUCACAAAUGAUUAACCUUCAGGAGCUCCACUUCUACCACUGUCCUGCCAAAGUGGAGCAGACUGCUUUCAUUUUCCUCCGGGAUCACCUGAGGUGCCUUCAUGUCAAGUUCACUGAUGUUGCUGAGAUUCCCAGCUGGUCGUAUCUGUUGAAGAAUUUAAGAGAACUCUACUUAGUGGGGAAUCUCAACUCUGAAAACAAUAAAAUGAUUGGACUGGAGUCUCUGCGGGACCUGAGACACUUGAAGGUUCUACAUCUCAAAAGCAACCUCACAAAGAUCCCCACCAACAUCACUGAUCUGUCACCACAUCUUCUCAAGCUGGUCGUCCACAAUGAUGGCACCAAGCUGCUGGUACUGAACAGUUUGAAGAAGAUGAUGAACCUGGCUGAGCUGGAGCUACUCAAUUGCGAGCUGGAACGCAUCCCGCACGCCAUCUUCAGUCUGACCAACCUUCAGGAGCUGGAUCUGAAGUCCAACCACAUUCGGACCAUUGAAGAGGUCAUCAGCUUCCAGCACCUUAAGCGGCUGACAUGCCUCAAGCUGUGGCACAAUAAGAUCAUCUCCAUCCCGCUGUCCAUCAGCCACGUCAAGAACCUGGAAUCGCUAUUUUUGUCGCACAACAAGCUGGAGUGUCUGCCCUUGUCCUUGUUCUAUUUGUUCAAGCUGAGGCACCUAGACGUCAGCCACAACUCCAUCGCCACCAUACCCGUGGAGGUGGGCUUUUUGCAGAACCUCCAACAUUUCGCCAUCACAGGCAACAAAGUGGAAGUGCUUCCCAAGCAGCUCUUCAAGUGCACCAAGCUGAGGACGCUGUGCCUCGGUCACAAUUGCAUCGCCUCCAUUCCGGAGAAAGUUGGCCAGCUGGCGCAGCUCAGCCACUUGGAGGUGAAGGGGAACUGCCUGGACCGGCUGCCCGCCCAGCUGGGUCAGUGUGCUCUCUUGCGCCGCAGCUGCCUCAUCGUGGAGGACCACCUCUUUGACUCGCUGCCCCUGGAGGUCAAGGAGAGCAUCAAUCAGGAAUCCAGUGUUGCUUUCACAAACGGCUGCAAGUGUCUGACUGAUGGACGGUAGUCAUGUGACCUCAGCUGCCGGGUCACCCUUUUUUUUUUAAUACAUACAGCAGUUCACUGGAAAGGGCAAAACCACUGAAAAACAUUCUGGUUUUUGUCACGUCUCUGCGUUAGUCCUCCUGUUGACGCAUGUAGCAGCUGAGCAUUAGCUAAACCUUCACAGAAACACGGAGCAUCGAGCCCGCCAAAAAUCAACCGUCCAGUUAUUUCUAUUAUGUAGUUAUUUGUGAGGGAAAACCACUUUGGUGCUAAAAGUACUGUUUCAGUUACUGUGCAAACAUCUAAGUCCAUCACUAGCUUUGUUGUUUUACUGCAGGAAAUGCUAGCUCGCAUAAAGUUCGCAGGAUUACGUAAACGAUACCAAGGAUUUCUACGUGCCUGGGUAUCACCAAACCAUCCACACAAAACACUCUUCCAGUUUGAUCUUGAAGAAGAUCUACGUUCUACUACUCUGUGGGGAAUUCUGUCAUCAUCAGCAGAGCAUUGCUAAAACAACACAUCUAAUGGUGGUGCAGGACUUUUGCACAGUAGCAGUUAUCAGUUAGAUGUGGAACGUCAACAGGUGCUGGGAACAAGCAGGUGUUUCAACAGCGUUGUUAGCUAGAAACCCACUGAGUUAAAUCGAGCUCACAAAACAGACAGUUGACAACUCAGAGAGGGCCAUCUAAUAAAAAAAACAACAACAAAAUCGGGUCCUGACUAGAACAUGAUCAAAGAUGUCCAAAUAAGUCAAGUUGCGCUCGUCAGGACUUUCAUGGGUUCUGCUAGACUGGUAACAUGCAGACCUUGUGCUGUCAGACGAGGUUAGCGUGGUUACCAUCGGAGCUGACAGCACUCAUUUUAACCGCUGGUACUCUUAACUUCUCGCCUUGGGAGACAGACGUCAGCCGGGAGAGUCCGCAUGAUCGCGAUCGGUGGACGUAAAAGUGUAAAUUUAGGUUGGAAGUUGUCAACUUUGCAGAAACAUUCAGCUUUUGUGACACUGGCCGUAAUUAGCGAAAUGACUUAGCGAUUGCAUUGCAGCACGAACGCUGUUCUUACGAGACAUUAUCCGACCCGUCACCAUACGUGGUACACAAUGCCGGCGACAACAAUAAGAGAUGUCAAUCUUACAACUGACGAUUGUAUUCCAUUUAGAAUUGAUUCUCCAUUCUGGCUACACUUUAUUUGGCGUACAAAUUAUAAUACAACCUUUUUCAAAUAGGUCACAGGCCACACAAGCUCCUCUUGGUUGCUAGCAUAUGAUGUAUAAGCCUGGGGAUCGAGUCUUGGAAAUUCUGUGUUGUUAUGAAUAAGAAUCCCGUUUCGGAUGUUGUAUAUGUGUAGUGAUACUUUGCGCCGGAGAACGACUACAAAC